AUGAAUAAAUUUAGUAGAGAAGAAUUUUUAUUCUUAGCUCGAAUUGCGUAAUAAACAGAACGAUUUAAUGACAUGAUCGAAUUCAUUAAGCAUUUCUUGGAUCAAGAAUUGAACAAGGAGGAAAGAAGCAUUUUAUCAGCAGCAUAUAAAAAUGUGGUGGGUAAUAAAAGAGCAGAAUUGAGAGUGCUCACUGCCAUCGAAUAAAAAGAGUCGAGGAAACAAACCGAUCAAUACACUUUAAAUUAUAUCAGAAAUUAUAAGCAUAAAAUUGAAGGCGAACUCAAAAACUCAUGUUCUGAAAUACUCAACUUAAUUGAUAGCACUCUCUAUCCAAAUGCAAAAUAAGUUGAUAGCAAAGUCUUUUAUUUAAAAAUGAAGGGAGAUUAUAAUAGAUAUUUGGCAGAAUUCUUAUUAGAUAAUGAAUAUCAUGCUGCCGUUGAAUAGGCCACUCAGUCUUACAAAGAGGCAGAUGUACUGGCUAAGUCAAAUUUAUCGACUACUUCUCCUAUUCGCUUGGGCUUACAUCUAAAUCAGUCAGUGUUUUAUUAUGAAAUCUUAUAAAAUGCAACUGAAGCUAUUCGAAUAGCCAAUGAUGCUUUUGAAUAAGCUAUUGCUUAGGUUGAUACUGUGAAUGAAGAGAAUUAUAAGGAUUGCACUCUCAUCAUGCAAUUAUUAAGAGACAAUUUGACUUUAUGGAAUAAUCCCGAAGAAGAAGCUAAUGAAGAUUAAUGAAUUAUUAUAAAUCUAUUAGAAUUAGAUUAAUUG